UGACCGCGCCGCGGAGAGGGCGAGCUGUGCAUUUGCCAGGCCCGCAUCAUUAAGCCGUCACUGAUUGGACCACAGCCGCGCGGUUGCCACGGGUAACUCCCGCCUCAGCACCCCGUGAUAGAGAAAGUGUAGCGGCGGGGGGGGGGGUGUACCGUGACGUCACGGGGAAAGUUGCACCGGGCUCGGGACUGACAGACGUACACCUCUAUUACCAUCCAGCAAACGCAGCGAGGGAGGUCAGAUUUCCUCCCAGAAAAAAAAAAAAAGAAGCAGGAGGGGGCAAAAAAAGGAGGCAGCGCAGCCCCCGCAAUCAGCAGCAGACAGGGAGCCUGCAAAGCUGCAGCUGCAGCACUGAACGGAGCUCAGCCCUUCCUUCCUUCCUUCUAUCCUUCCAUCCUUCCCUCCAUCCACGGAGCAUUGCAUCGGAAUGAGAAAAUAAAGAAGGAGAAGGAGGAGGAAAGCGUCCAUCCCCAGGGCGGGCGGGAGCCUCUCCUCACUCACUCCUUACUCACUCCUCACCAUGGUGCAGAGCAACACGUAAAGAAGAAGAACAGGGAGAAGAAGCCGCCGGACUCGGUGCACCUGACCCCCCACCCCCGAGGAGCGCCCAUGGGCGCCGGGCUCUAAUUCAUGGCCGCCGCCACCGCCGUCUAUUGCGCAACUCUGAGGAACAGAAAGCUGAUUCAUGGAGGGGGCCGCCUGACCAUGCCGCUGUGUGAGCCCCGAGGAAGGCUGUGCUAAGGGCGGCCGGGGCAGGGAGCCCCUCAUAUACGUGCGGGGAGCCCCCUUAUAUAUGUGUGCCGCUGCCGGGGAGACCCUCAUAUAUGUGUGCUGCCGCUGCUGGGGAGACCUUCAUGUGUGCCGCUGCUGGGGAGACCUUCAUGUGUGCCGCUGCUGGGGAGACCUUCAUGUGUGCCGGGGACCGUUCACUCGCUUUACUUUCUGCCUAUUCGCUGACUUGGGAAGCGACAUGCAGCUCCUGAAGGCUUUAUGGGCACUAGCAGGAGCGGCCAUCUGCUGCCUUCUCCUAUUCCUCAUCCACUCGCACUUCCUAAAAGAAGGUCAACUGGCUGCAGGUACGUGUGAGGUUGUUACAUACGACAGAGAUAGUAGUCAGCCCCGAAGGACUAUAGCCCGACAAACAGCUCGCUGUGCAUGUAGAAAAGGACAGAUUGCCGGCACAACAAGAGCAAGGCCAGCCUGUGUAGAUGCACGUAUUAUAAGAACAAAACAGUGGUGUGAUAUGCUUCCAUGUUUAGAAGGGGAAGACUGUGACUUAUUAAUGAACAAAUCAGGCUGGACCUGUACACAACCGGGUGGGCGAAUAAAGACAACUACGGUCUCCUGACAAAUGCAACAACAGUACCCUGCAGAAGGAGUUCAAGCUUGUGAGAACAAUGUACUUUAGACAAUUUCACUGCUGUGGAUCAUCAUCUUGUAUGUCAUCAACUCCGUCUGUUCCCCAGUAUCUCAUAAAAGACUGCAUAAUUUCUCUACAUUAUGAGCUAAAUUUUGUCCUUCCAUGUAAAGGAUCACAAGAGAUAAGGAUACUCUACACUGGUUCAAGAUACGCUUGGGCAUUAGCAAUACAGUUCAUGGUUAACAUUUCAUCGAUGGUACGUGUAGACUUGAUGUUACCGACUUGUUUGAAAUUGAAUAUUCUAUCAAUUUGAAGGGUAUUCGACCACCCCAAUCAGCCUUAGAAGGAAGACUGUUUUGUCUACAAGAGGACUGAGGUGCAAAAGAGAUUGACUUCUUGUGCCCUGGACUGUGUGAAUUUUCUUAUGUGUUGGAUUUAAAUAAAAUAGACCAAAGAGUACAGCCUAUGUUAAAAAUGGACAACGACCUAAUCUCAUCAAGCAUAUUGGGAUUACUUGUAAAAGUUUAACAUGAAUGCUUACUUAUGAUUUAACAAAAACACACGUUCUCAGCAUUUCCAAAACUGGGGUUUUACUAUCCAGUGGACAUCUAUUGGGACAUCUGCAGCAAAAUGGAUGCAGAAUAUAGCUCUUCAAAAAAAACUAAGAAACUUAAUGGAGCAUGGAGAAACAAUUACAGCCUAUGUUUUAAAACACAUUUCACAAAACAGAAACUGUCUUAAUGAUAUCUUUAUUCCUCUGUACUUAGAAUGACAUUCCCAUACUAAAACUCAUUUUCACUUUUAACCAGUAAAAUAGGCCUCUUCUACAAUUCCAUUUUGAUAGAUGAAAUUGGAUAAAACAGUAUUUGCAAAAGAGCAUGUUAGGUCACCUGUGGCCUCAUUCGGUACACCAUUUAGCACCAGAGAGAAAAUUAAAGAACAAAAGUGACACUUGUUUGAAAGAGAUCAUUAAAUGUAUUUUGAAAAGCCUAAAGUUAUAUAUUUAACAGUUUUUAUAUGUUGUAUAUUUGUAGAAAAUCCUAUUUAACAAUUAACGUGGUAACUCUGCAAUCAAUGCCAGAGUUCUGUUGUGUUUAUUACUUCAGUUGUCUCUGAAGUCACCAGUGUAGUUUGCUUUCUUCCAUUGGGACGUUUUGGAUGUAAAGCAUGAGCAGAGAGGACUCUGUAGAAAAAGCAAAGAAUAAUGUUUAUAUAAUAUAAAUGCAUUCAACCAUU